AUGGCCGCCAGGCUCUUGCCUGGAUCCUUCCAUGAAUUCCAGAAGCAGCGAUGCUCCAGAGGCAGCACGAACCAUCGCUCGUCGCUUGCGCUGAUCUACCCACAAGCUAUUGAAGAGGAGGAGUCCGUUUCACGAUCCAGCAACAACGGAGAAGAUCUGCUACGCGCGGAGAGAUCAGAGGCCAACGAGACGGCGGCGGGACCACUUGUUCUUUCGAAAACGCUGGUGACGUCCAACUCUCCCCAAGGAUCUUCCUCGGAGCGCGAGGAGGACUUCACUGCUCACCCAACGGCCGGACAGGAAUCGUUCUUGCUGCAGGAUACGGACCGAGUUGCUCCGUCGCACACUCAUCUCCCCGCCGAAGCUGCUCCCGUGGAGAUCGGCCUUUCGGCGGACAACCCCAUCAGCAGUAUCGUCGCGGGAACUGACCAUCAUGCAACUGGACUCAACUCGAGCGGCACGGAGAGCGUCGCAGCGAACAACGCGGGGAGGAACCGGGUGUGGGAUAAGCUCUGCAACCUCAUACGUCCAUACUACUACUACCAGGCUGCUCCUAGUACCUCCACACCUCUGCUGCUUGCGCCGUCGUCCAGCGACAACCACCUUGGAUCUGCGAGCUCUAACGACGGCGAUCGGACCGCUCUUCGCGCGGCAGCGCAUCACACGCGGAGCAGCUCGUACAACUCGCGCCUCUUCUGCUUCGGAGUGCUGCCUCCCACGCUCGCCAUCCCAUGCGCGGCGCCGGCGCCGGCGGCCCCCUCGCGGACUCUUCUUCCGCCAAUGCAGCCGCACAUGCAGCUGUCGAACGGGAGGGCCGCGCGAAAGACGCUGGUUCUGGAUCUCGACGAGACGCUCGUGCACUCGUCCUUCUCCGCGCCGCCCAACGCCGACUUCGUCGUGCCGCUCACCAUGGACGGCCGCACUGCGUCCGUGUUCGUCCUCAAGCGGCCCGGCGUCGAGCGGUUCCUAUCCGCCAUGGCGCCAAUCUUCGAAGUCGUCGUCUUCACCGCGAGCCUCGCGCGAUACGCGGACCCCGUACUAGACCUGCUCGACCCCACCGGCGAGCUGAUUCACCACCGGCUGUUCCGCGAGUCGUGCGUGCAGAUGGAGAGCGGCGGCGGGUACGUGAAGGACCUGUCGAUUCUCGGACGCGAUCUGGCGGACGUGCUUCUGGUGGACAACUCGCCGCUGUCGUACGCGCGGCAGCCCGCGAAUGGCGUGCCGAUCUCGUCGUUCAUCGACGACCCGCGCGACGUGGAGCUCCUCGCGCUGAUUCCGUUCCUCGAGCACAUGGCGCGCGUCGGCGACGACGUGCGCAGGCAUUUGGGCGGCGGCGGCGCGUGGGUGAAUGUGGGCUCGCGGGAGAGUGCGGGUAGGAAGCAGCUGGAGAGCGGAUGCAAGCAAGCCAUGUGCUGA